AGAGAAGAGGAUGGGAAGGGCAUAGUAGGAAAGUCAGAACCUCGUGUACGUUUUUUCUACGCCCGAAGAAAUCAAUCAUGUGAUUCGCUUCAGAGAAAGACGGUGAGGAAUCUCUCGCUGAGAUACCACAAUUAUGUCCAUUGUCAGCGUCACUACUCCGUCCUCGCUUCCGUCCCAAAGGUUACUAGGCAAAGUAGCAUUGGUUACAGGAGGAGCUUCUGGAAUUGGAGAAAGCAUUGUCCGUCUAUUCCACCUCCACGGUGCCAAAGUUUGCAUUGUUGAUGUACAAGACAACCUUGGUUCGCAGGUUGCAGAAUCCCUUGGUGGAGACGCAAAUGUUUGUUUCUUUCAUUGUGAUGUUACAGUAGAGGAUGAUGUUCGCUCUGCAGUGGACUUCACUGUGCGUAAAUUUGGCACCCUCGACAUUAUAGUCAACAAUGCUGGAAUUUCUGGGUCGCCUGCUCCUGAUAUCCGCGAAGUGGAUAUGUCAGAAUUUGAAAAGGUAUUUAAUAUAAAUGUGAAGGGAGUAUUCCAUGGGAUGAAACAUGCUGCAAGAGUUAUGAUUCCAUUGAAGAAGGGAUCAAUCAUAUCCUUAUCUAGUGUAUCAAGUGCCACUGGGGGCAUUGGACCACAUGCUUACACAGGGUCCAAGCAUGCUGUUUGGGGGCUCACAAAGAAUGUUGCUGCUGAACUGGGGAAACAUGGAAUAAGAGUGAACUGUGUGGCACCAUAUGCUGUUUUCACCGGUUUGUCUUUGGCUCAUUUGCAUGAAGAUGAGAGCACUGAGGAUGCCAUAGUUGGUUUUCGUUCAUUUAUUGGGCGAAAUGCCAAUUUGCAAGGGGUAGAAUUGACUGCAAAUGAUGUGGCUAAUGCGGUGCUCUUCUUGGCAAGUGAUGAUUCAAGGUAUGUAAGCGGUCAGAACCUCAUGGUUGAUGGAGGCUUUACUAAUGUUAACCACUCCCUUCGAGUCUUUCGAUGAUGAGUGGCUAUUGUUUGUUAUAUUGUUAAGCCUCUGAUAGCAGUUGUUCAACCAGGCUUAUCUAUCAAUAAAUUGGUCCAGGCCAAUCAACUUCGUGUUUGAUAGAAUGGCCUUUAUUUGUAUUUUUACUACCAUUAAAUUUGAAUCACGAGACUUGGCAUGAGCUGAGAAGGGACUUAUGCUAGCCAAGAGUAGAUCCUGGGGGGGUUUUCGUGGAGAAGUAACAGUUGAUGAGACGAAUAUCAUGGCUAGUCGCUUCAGAGUGUGUGUGUGUGUUAGCUCCAUUGUUGCUUAACUUUGCGACAUUAACCCACAAUAUUUAUAAUCCCAGAAGCAUAGUUUUUUU